CAAAAUAUCUUCUUCGUUUUCCACUUCCACAACGUACAAACAGGAAAAGCUAUCGAAUCCUCCUUUUCCAUACUUUCUCUCUUUCGCCGGAGUUGAAUUGCGGGUCAAUGGAGCCGGUACAUGGGGUAUUGACAUGCGGAUCGUGGAUCCGGAGACCCGACAACGUUAAUCUGGUGGUCUUGGGCAUGUCCAGGACUCGCGAUUCUUCUUCUGUGCUCGAGUUCUUCUCCUUCGAUCCCGAUACUACGUCUAUCUCUUCCUCUCCCUUGGCUACGCAUGUGCUUGAAGGAACUGAAGGUGAUCCAGUAACAAUUGCUGUACAUCCCAGUGGGGAUGAUAUUGUGUGUUCUACAACCAAAGGUGGCUGCAAAUUGUUUGAGUUGCGUAAUGAAGAAACAAAUUUGAAGGUGUUGGCAAAACAAUUACCUCCCUUACAAGAUGUCGGUCCACAAAAAUGCGUAGCCUUUAGUAUUGAUGGAUCUAGAUUUGUUACUGGUGGGGUGGAUGGGCAUCUCAGAAUUUUGGAGUGGCCUAGCCAACGCAUAAUUUUAGAUGAACCAACAGCACACAAAUCCUUCAGGGAUAUGGAUAUUAGCCUGGAUUCAGCAUUUUUAGCAUCAACAUCUUCUGAUGGUUCUGCGAGAAUAUGGAAUAUGGAAGAUGGUGUGCCUGUAACUACUUUAUCUCGCAAAUCGGAUGAGAAGAUUGAAUUAUGUCGGUUCUCUAAGGAUGGGACAAAACCAUUUUUAUUCUGUGCUGUUCAAAGAGGUGACAAAGCUAUUACUGCUGUUUACGACAUAAGUACAUGGAAUAAAAUAGGGUAUAAGAGGCUGCUUAAGAAACCUGCUUGUGUAAUGUCUGUCAGCCAGGAUGGGAAAUAUCUUGCUCUAGGAAGCAAGGAUGGGGACAUUUGUGUAGCUGAAGUAAAGAAAAUGGAGGUUAAGCACUAUAGCAAGAGGCUGCACCUGGGUACAUGCAUGACAUCCCUAGAGUUCUGUCCCAAUCAAAGGGUUGUACUAAGCACUUCCAAUGAAUGGGGGGCCGUAGUGACUAAGCUAAAUGUUCCUGCAGAUUGGAAAGAAUGGCAGAUUUAUUUGUUGCUUGUAGGGCUAUUUUUGGCGUCCGCUGUUGCAUUUUACAUUUUCUUUGAGAAUUCUGAUUCCUUUUGGAACUUCCCUCUCGGGAGAGGUCAACCUGCAAGACCAAAGUUUGAUUCCAUUAUAGGAGAUCCACAAUACUCUGAUGAUGCAUUUGGGCCGUUAGAUAUGUGAGUAAUUUGUUAGAUGAAGUCAUGAAAAAGAUCUGAAAAGAGAAAAACUAGUUAAAGAUUUGUCAUUUUCUUAGGAAAAUGAAAUGUAUUUUUGUCUGGGAAGGAUUCAGGAAAUUAACUAGACCUGCUUUGGAUAGAUUUUGAUAGUAUAUUCUUGUGCAUUUUGCUUGUCUACUUCAAUUUCUUACAAUUAAAUUAUGGACAUUGAAUUUA